AUGGAGUUUGUUAAAAGCUCCAUCAAGUUUGAUCAUCUGCUAGUUGUUGAAGCAAGAGGUAAAGCAGGCGGGCUCUAUGUUCUGUGGAAAGCUAGGCUAUCUGUUAAGGAGAAUGAGGAACCUCGUGGCUCAGACUUCAUCAAGUUAUGCAAAAAACAAGCUACCACCAAGGAUGCGCUCAAGAAGUGGAAUAAGGAAGUGUUCGGAUGGUGCCAGGACAACAUUAACUCCCUGAUCCAAUGCAUCAAUGCCAUCCAAAAAGAGCCUCCUACAAACCAUUCAGGGGAUUUAGAAGCAUCCCUUCAAGCUGAACUCUUAGAAUGGCUCCUCCGAAGCGAAACUUUGUGGCACAAAAAAUCACGGGAGCUCUGGCUGAAGCUAGGAGACAAAAACACCAAAUUCCCUCCUUCCAUAGUUAUCAAAAGGAAAAGAAAUAGCAUCGAUGCGAUACGGGAUGAUAAUAGCUUAUGGAUCACUGAGGGCAACUCCAUUAGAACUGCGUUCCUUGAGCAUUUCAAGAACCUUUUUCAGCAAAGUAAGUUUGACUUUUCCCCUCAUCUCGAGCAUCUUGUCCUCCUAUGUAUCAUAGAAGACGAAAAUUUCGAGCUCUGCAGAAUUCCCACGCCUGAUGAGAUUAAAUCCGUUCUUUUCAGCAUGCAAGACCUUAAAGCCCUAGGUACGGAUAUCUUCCCUACUAUCUUCAAUAAGUAG